AUGAACUUUCAAGCUGCGCAACAAGGAUCUUCUGGUAAAUCGUCCUCAUCACGUGGGGGCAGUAAUGCUGGAAACAAAUCCCGAUCGUCAUCGGGAAAGAGAAGAGAGAUGAGUGAAACGGAACGUGUUUCUCGUGCUCUUUCCAAGUUACUCCGACACAAAGCAGACACUACCAAAGGAAUUAAUUUGAGAAGUGAUGGAUUUGUGUUAGUCCGAGAAAUUCUUCAACUCAAAGAUUUCAAAAAUGUCACCUAUGAAAUGAUUGAAGAUUGUGUAAAAAACAACGACAAACAGCGAUUUACAUUACGAGUCGAUGAAGAAACCAAUGAACCAAUUAUUAGAGCCAAUCAAGGUCAUUCAAUUUCUGUUCCAAAUUUGGAGCUUGAAACUAUUGACACGGUCGAAAAAUUGGGAGAAUACAAAGACAGCAUUGUUCAUGGAACUUUCUUUGAUGCCUACACCAAAAUUGUUCAAAGUGGUGGACUUUCCAAAAUGACACGACAACACAUUCACUUUGCAAUUGGAGAACCAGAGGAAGGCCAUGUGAUUUCGGGAAUGAGAAAAACUGCAGAAGUCGUUUUCUUUUUGGAUGUUCAAAAAACUUUGGAUUCUGGAAUUCAACUCUUCCGAUCUGAAAAUAAGGUCGUUCUUUCACCAGGAAACUCAGAAGGCACUAUUCCUCUGUCAUGUAUUGCCAAGAUUGUAGACAGAAAAUUGAGACGAGUUUUAUAUCAUCCCAACACCCAACCAACACCAUUAAUUCUUUAA